AAAUUAUAGAAAUGGUUUGAAAACAAUUCCUAAAAAAAUAUUCCAUCAUGAGAACCGUAGAAGCUCAUCUUCUGGAAGAGAAGAUGGACGAAGCCGUCACGCAUUAUAUAAAUUCCCACCAAGCCCCGGAGUCGGUCCACGUGGAUGCGAGCACCCUGGCUCUCAAUGUGCAGGAGGAUGCGGGUGGCAGAGUGGUCACACUCAUGCAUCCACAGAACUUCUCCUCCCAAAUGUGCAGGCAGGUCUCCGUGGGGGAGGCGGUGGGGGAGGGCGCGUGGGUGGAGGAGUUCCUGGACCAGGAGGGCCGCUUGGCAGCUCUGGUGGCGCACCUGUCUCGCGCCUCGCACCAUCACUCGCAUUCGCAACACCAUAAGGUAUCUUCAGUGAGGGGCGAUGUGGACGCUUCAGUCAUCUUGGAUACGCCAAUGCGAAUGUUCAAUGGACAACAAUUGGACCAGCAGUCUGAGUCGAUCGUAGUCCAAGUACCACCGCUGCCCUCCCUGCCGCCGCUACAAGAUAUGAAGAGAUGCCCCGACACUGACUGGUUUAGUAAGGACAAAACUAGUCUCAAGGAUGAUUCCCAAAUCCUCAGUGAGCAAGACAGUCAAGUGCUAGACAUCGGCGCUGGCGCAUCUCCCGCGCAGAACAAGCAGAACAGAAAGAGUUUGCCGCACAAGAAGAGGAUCUCGCGCAAGCUGCGACGCACCGCCGGCAACACCACGCCGCAACAGGACAUUGUAGUUAUAAACUGCAAUGAAGAGGUCCCCCAGGAAGAAAUCCUUCCCGACAGCUUCGUGACCGGAGUGCCUCACCCGGAACAUCUGCCCGAAGACGCGCAUCAUAUCGCUCAAGAGAUGCGCGCGCUAUUCAUCUGUCAGUUGUGUGGAGAGUUCUACGGAGAGGAACAACUGAAGUUCUACCAGCAUCUUAAACAACACUACGAGCCACAUGCCACGAUUAUCAUCGAAAACCCCGUCCCCGUCCCAGAUUUGGGCAUAGACAAGAUGACCAACACAUGUAUCGUAGACAACGUAGCCAACCUCCCAGACUCUAUCGUCGAACUUUCGCUUGAAAGCACCGUACCAAAGACAAUGUACCAACCCAUAGACAAGCACAUCCUCUAUACGUCAAGCGAUAAGACGCUCAACUACACUAGCAAUAAAGUCCAAUAUUCCGUGGCGAGUAUGGACAAGGAAGUACCUGAAAGUGAAAAGGUGGAUUUGUAUGAGCCACUGGAAAAGUUGGAGAGUGUGUAUUACUGUACGAAGUGCAACAAAUCAUUUAGAAAGCAGAAACAAUGUGAGGCGCAUAUAAAGGAAGCGCAUUCCAAUCCAAAGUUAGACGACAUGGGUGAGUUCAGUGAGCCGGAGGAUUUGAUGGAGGGUAUACACGUGGCGGUGGACGAGAGCGGCGAGCCGUACGAGCAGACGCUGUUGCCGCACCUCACGGUGGAGAAUGGACACGUGCACCAGGAACACGUCAGGAACUGGUAUCUACGCAACGGUGCAAGCCCCGGCGCCGUUUCGCCGCUUUGCGCUUGCGGGGGGGCUGGCUACUGCCCCGCCUGCACCCACCCCUCCCCACCGCCGCUACACCCUCCCAUACACCCACAAAACAUCCCGCAAACCCACUCCAACAACCAACCCACCCAACCCGCACAAACCUCCCAACCGACGCAAACCACCCAUGUAUCGCAGACGAGUCAGACCCAGCCCAUCAUGCACGCGACCAGUCCGACGACUAGUCUAGUGAGCAGUCACUCCACUAGUCAGGUGUCGCAUCCGCAGGCGACACACGCUGCUAACAGUCAACGGACUAUUGAAGCUAAAGAAGAAGUCCUCCAAAGGAUAUUCGACGCCAAUGAAGAACCGUCAGAGGGUGCAUUCCAAGACAACGAGAUCCUUGGAAUCCAACCAGAGUUACAUAUCAGAGAGGAAAAUUCAGCCAAAGGGAAGGACAAGAAGAAACCCAAGUCCUUCGAAUGUCCUCACUGCUGCCGGGUGUUCCAGCAUCGGAACAGCUUACUGUACCACAUCCUGAUGCACAGUGAGAAGCAGCAAGUCUGUCGAGAGUGUGGGAAAAGUUUUUACACCGCCAGUGCCUUAAAGAUCCACGUACGCGUUCACAGUGACGACCGGCCGUGCAAGUGCGAGGAAUGCGGCCGGGAGUUCCGCCAGUGGAGCGACCUCAAGUACCACAAAGCCUCUAUACAUUCCAAUAAGAAAAACUUCAAAUGCGAAUUUUGCGACAAGGAAUUCGCGCGGCGUUACUCGCUCAACGUGCACCGACGCAUUCACACCGGAGAACGCAACUACAAGUGUGACUACUGCAAUAAGACCUUCCGCGCCUCCUCCUACCGCCUCAGUCACAUGAGGACUCACACAGGGAGCAAACCCUACAAAUGUACACAGUGCGAAAAAUGUUUCCGAGUUGCGUACGACUUGAGACGACACAUGCUCAUACAUGACAAAGUGCGUGUUAGACUCGACGAGCAUAAGGGCAAGACUAAAGAUAUCAAAGACAAGAAACCCGCCGUGGCCAUCAAGCUAGAGCACAACCCCAAAGCAGAACCAAAAUCACCCGAAAGCGACGACAAGAAAGACGAAAAACUACCCAUACUUAAAAGUUUGCUCGACAAAAAACAGCCAAAAUCCAAGAAGAGCCCGAAAAAACCACCCAACGUCACCGUCCAAAACAAAGAGGGACAUUUCAAAGUUAACAUUCAAGAAGGGUACACUAGGCCAGAACAGUAUAUUUUGAGCGAUUUCAGACAAAAAGAGACGGAAGAUAUCAUUAGGUUACAGGAGCGAAACGAAGAGCGAGACAUAACUAAUCUUAGGUCGUUAAAGACCCAGCAAAUGUGCGAUGUAGCUGAAAAUGAUAAACUAGUGUUUAAUCGAGAAAAUACGGAUGGAAAAUUACAAAUUUUUACCCAAAUUGAAAAAAAUAAGGACUACAAUGGACCUAUAGUUGCUAAUUCUAUGUCUUUGAAUGAUAUUAGGGGUUUAGAAAGAGAAGUGGGUAGAGAUGUGAGGGAGCUACAAGGAGAUGGAAUAGAGACUGUGUUGUAUGAAAGAAGUAUUGGAAGAGGACUGGGUAUCCGCCAGUCAGUUAGUUAGACUUUGGACUAUUAGUGAAUUUUUUAUUUUUUUUUAAUACCCAAAUUGAAAAGAAUAUUUAUUACAAUGGGCCUAUAGUAGCUAAUUCCAUGUCUCUUAUUGAUAUUCGGAGUUUAGAAAGGGAAGUGGGUCGAGAUGUAAGGGAGUUACAAGGAGAUGGAUUUUGAAAGGGUAUCAGCUUAUUGUAAUAACAUAUCAGCCGUAUAAAAAAGUAUUUGAAGACGACUGGGUACCCUCCAGUCAGUUAGUUAGACUUUGGACUAUUAGUGAAUUUUUAUUGUUUUUUUAAUU